UACAGGCUGGCAUGACGGUGAYCAGAAAGCAAUUGAAUUGAAACAAAAUUAAGUGCAGGACUCAACGCGGUGCACAUACGUGGAAAAGGACUUGGCAGCGGGCAGAAUUGAAAUCAGAGGAGUCAGAACACUAAACUGUAAGAUUUAAGGUAAUUUUAUUCACCUACAGUUUAACAGCUGACUGGUAGUGAUCCGCUCAAGGAAGCAUGGACGUGAACAUUGAGGGGAUUAUCCAAUGCAUCAAGCAGGGGGAUGAGAAUGGUGUUCAUGUGCAGCUGCAACAGUUCAACAAAGAGUACGCRCAGUGUUUCUUCUUUGAUGCGGAGGAGAGGGAACGGCGGAGGCAAAGAAAACUGGAGAAGUUCAAGGAGAAUAAAGUGAGGGAUCUUGCUGAUUCUGACUCUGACAAUGAGGACUUCAAACAGGAAGAUCGAGGCCUCAUCCUCAGACAGAAUUUAGCUGUUGUUCUUGCGAGGUUCAUAAAAGCAGGAGUCAAAGUUCCCCUGCUGAGAGUCUCUCUGCGCUCCCUGAGGAUCCUGACCAGAGACAAAAAGAUCCUGGGCCACUUGGUGACUGACGGCACUCUCCUGACGUUGGCCAAACUAGCGGGGCUGACCACCAGCAGUGAUGCCAGCGACGAAUUCAACGACCCAGACUCUGAUUUCUACGAUAACGUCAUCGCUUCCCUCGCAGAGGCCAAAGUGCUGCAGCGUCCCAGGGAAGAGGACGAGGGUGGAGCCGACGCUGUUGAACAGAACGAGGAGYGUCCUCUCAUUGACGAGGACUCAAAAAGCGACACCAGCACCGUCAACAGCGAAGAUCCGGACAGCAACAGCUGUCUCGGCUCGAGCCACAGGACCAGCAUCAAUGAGAUGCACAGAGGCGGGAGCCAUCAGAAGGUGCUGGAGCGAGGGAGGAAAGACCGCAGGGAGAGCAAGAUGGACGGCGAGGAAGAAGAGGAUGGGGAAGGGGAGCURGGAGAGGAGACAGUGAGGAAAGAGGCCUUGAAGGUUCUGUGUAAUGUGGUGUACAACAGCACCUGGGCACAGGAGAGGUUCAGCUCACUCAGGCUUCUGAGUGGUCUCAUCCAGCGUCUGUCCUCCGGUGUCAGCUGGUCGCCUCCUUCCAGUGUUCAGUUCUACGAGCUUCGCCUCAUGUUCCUCGUCACCGCUCUGCGGCCGGAGCUCAGCGUUCAGCUUCGGCAGGAGGGAGGGGUGCCCAUCCUCACCGCCGCCUUGGAGAGGUGCCUGGAGGUCCAGUGGAAGGAGCAGUAUGAGUGUGUGCUGGACCCCGCGGCUCCCCCCAUCUCUCCGGAGGCCUCUCAACGUAUCACAGAGAUCCUCAAAAUCCUCUUCACUAUCACCUACAGCAGCCACAAGCAGGAGCCAAGUGAGGAUGAUGCAGCUCUKUACAGACACCUGGUGGCGAUUCUUCGUCUCUGCCUGAUGAGGACAUGCAUGCUCCCAGAGGAUACUGACGAGCUACAAGGUCACACAGUCAACCUGCUGUCAGCGCUGCCUCUCCAGUGUCUCGAUGUGCUGCUGGUCGUCUCUCUGCAGCCAGACUCCAAACAGAGUCUGGGAGUCAACAUGGACUGUGUGCACAUGCUGCUGACGUUCAUGGAGAGGCGCCUGGAGUUGGGAGAAAGAAUCAAAGAGAAACUGACGCCGAUCCUGAAUCUGCUGACGGAGAGCUGCAGGGCUCACAGGGAAACACGCCUGUACAUUAGGAAACAUAUCCUUCCUCCUCUGAGAGAUGUCUCACAAAGACCAGAGGAAGGCACCACAGUGAAGAGCCGCCUGGUUCGUCUCAUGACUCAUUUGGACACAGACCUCAAACACUGCGCCGCUGACCUCCUCUUUGUCCUCUGCAAGGAAAAUGUGAGGCGUUUUGUCAAAUACACAGGCUACGGUAACGCAGCAGGCCUGCUGGCCACCCGGGGCCUCCUGGGAGGUCAGAGGGCCAGGAACUCCAGCUCUGAGGCCCAGUACUCCAGCGACUCGGAUUCGGACACAGAGGAGUACCGGCAGGUGAAAGACCGCAUCAACCCUGUGACGGGGCGGGUGGAGGCCGAGCAGCCGGACCCCAUGGAGGGCAUGACAGAGGAGGAGAAGGAGGAGGAGGCAAAGAGGCUCAUCAUGCUCUUCAACAAGCUGUCCAGAGAUAACAUCAUCCAGCCGAUGGGGGUGGAUGAAGAAGGGAAACUUGUCCCAAUGAAGGGUCUGGAGGAAAAUCCCCUCGCUGAGGAGACCAAGUCUGAGUUGGAGGAUGAAGCAGAGUCAGACAAAGAAGACAAGGACUGAAACAUGUUGAAAUCAUUAUUUCACUUUAUUGUUUUUGUUUUGUAAACACUGGAUUUGUCAGAGCAUGCCAUAAAAACUAUAAAACGUGACAAUUCUCAUUCAAACAUAACCAUUCUGACAGGAACUAAACGUUUAAAAGGACAUAAAAUAACUUUAAAUUCCUUUAAACAAAAAGGCAUGUACAGCAGCUUUAUCUUCGGUUUGAGUUAAGAAUGAAAUUGUUUUAGUUCCUGAUAAGGACUCAAUUUAUCAAAACUGUUUCAAUAAAGUCUCAAAUCUCUGUCAGCAAAAAAUGCUGCUGUAAAAUGA